GCUUAUUGCUUAAAAAACUGCGGUGCUAGUUGGGACAAAAGAGUACUUAUUUUUGGUUAAAUCCAUGCGAGCAAUUGAUAGAUUCAAAGAUUAAAAGCGCGCGAGGGUUUUGAUUUUCACAAUCAAGACUUAACAGUAUUCAAUUCAAUUUACCAUGAAAGAGCUUUGUAGAAAUUUCCAGCGAGGCAGUUGUACUUAUGGAGAAAGGUGUAGAUUUCUUCAUCAACAACCAAAUCAACAGCAGCGAAAAUCUAAUGCCUUUGGUGGACAGACCAAUAAAAACCCUUUUGGAUUUGGGUCUGCUUCUGCCUCUGCUCCCAACCAACAGCCAAAGAACAAUCCUUUUGGUUUUGGAUCACAGAAUACCUCUCAGUCAAAUGGGGCCCCUCGUUCCGACUCCAAACCAAACCAAUUCCAGCCUUUUGAAAACAAAUGGAAUCGAACGUCAUCCAAACCCCAGAGUGGCACUCAACGUCCUUCUGAUAACAAUUCCCAAACAGUGAAUCAUAACUGCACAGAUCCUGAGAUUUGCAAGCGCCUGAUUGCAGAAGAUUUUGAGCAAGAGAAACCACUCUGGAUACUUACAUGCUAUGGUCAUUGCAAAGGUGCUCCUUGUGACAUUAUUGGAGAUAUUAGCUAUGAAGAAUUACGGGCAUCUGCUUACGAGGAUGCUAAGAAUGGAAUGAGUUUGCCAUUAAUUGUUGAAAAAGAGAGAAACAUACUAAAAUCCAAGUUGGUUGAGUUUGACAAACUACUUUCUGAACCCUACAAAAUGCCUCUGAAUUCUUCUCUUGACAUUCAAAAGUACCAAUCUAAUGGAGCCAAUGCAAAUGCAUUUUCACCAGCUACUCAAAAUAAUGGUCCUUUAUCAGUCUCAAGCUUUAGCCAACUGGGUGCUUCACUGAACACUGGUUUUGAAAGGCCCUCUGCACCACAAGUGACCACUCCAGCGCAGCCUAAUUCCUUUGGAAGUGGAGGAAACUUUUUCUCAUCCAACACAGGAAACCUAUUCGGAAGUGGAAUCUCUGGUGCUCAAAACAACACAGGAAACUCUUUCACAUCCAACACAGGAAACUUAUUCGGCAGUGGAGUCUCAGGUGCUCAAAACAACACAGGAAACUCUUUCACAUCCAACACAGGAAGCCUAUUCGGCAGUGGAGUCUCAGGUGCUCAAAACAACAACCCCUUUUCUACUCCAGCGGAGUUGACAAUGUUUCCAGGAUCAACUUCCCAAUUCCAACAACCAUCCAUUGCGUUCAAUAAUACUAGCUCCGCCACAAUGCUUCAGACAGCAUCAUCAGAUGUUCAGUUAAAUACGCCCCAAGUGGAGAAUGUGUCCGUAGAUGACAGUAUCUGGUUAAAGGAGAAAUGGAAUCCUGGAGAGAUUCCAGAAGAAGCUCCUCCAGACAGAUUUAUUCGGUAAACAUCUGUGUAUUGGCAUGUGAUACAGAGCGGUUAGGUGUAUUUUAAGUACUUUAGGUCCUUUCUUGGUUGCGUUAUACAGAGCUAUAUCAACUGAUGAAUGAACAAGAAAUGAGGAGGCAAAAGCAAAGCCUCGAUUACAGUUCUUGUAUAGGUCUUGUACGUGCAAGACUAUUGAGCUCAAAUCAAUCUCUUCUUUGGUUCUAUAUUGCUUAAUUGGACAAAACCCCUCUAUUUUGUUGAUGGCAUCUGAGAUUUUCCGGCUCAAAUUUACUAAUUUUGUUUUAAGUAUGAUUUGUACAUACCCCAAUUUCUAAAAAUGAUCGUAGGAUGAAAAUUGUGUUGACAUGCUCACACAUGAUGUCAAACCAUCACACUUUCUGCCAGUUUAUAUACAGUGUUUCUAAAGGUGAAACAACCAUUUAGGUGUUAAGAAUUA